ACUCGGGUAAUGACAGCAUUGAAACAUGAUCUUAGGUUUUAAUAAAUGAUAGGACUCCCGGCUCAUCAUACAAGAUGCUGUCUGAAGAACGUCAACACAAAGCAUCUGUGAAAGGCCCAAGAUAAUUCUGUUCACAGUUGUUUUUAUUUUCUUUUAUAUUCUGCCCUCUGGAUCCAGCUAUCUGGCCAUGAAUCCUGAAUACGACUACCUGUUCAAACUGCUUCUUAUUGGAGACUCUGGUGUCGGCAAGUCUUGCCUGCUCUUGCGGUUUGCGGAUGACACCUACACAGAGAGCUACAUCAGCACAAUCGGGGUGGACUUUAAGAUCAGAACCAUUGAAAUGGAUGGGAAGACUGUCAAACUGCAAAUUUGGGACACAGCUGGACAAGAGAGGUUCCGGACCAUCACAUCCAGCUACUACAGAGGAGCACAUGGGAUCAUCAUUGUGUAUGAUGUCACUGAUCAGGAGUCCUUUAACAACGUGAAACAGUGGUUGGAGGAGAUUGACCGCUAUGCGUGUGAAAAUGUCUCCAAAUUGCUUGUGGGAAACAAGUGUGACUUGGUCUCUAAAAAGGUAGUGGACUCUGCCACUGGUCAAAAAUUUGCCUCAUCCCUAAAGAUUCCAUUCCUGGAGACCAGUGCAAAGAAUGCUGAUAAUGUAGAGAAAUCAUUUUUAACCAUGGCCUCUGAAAUACAGAAGCGUGUUGGAAGUGAUGGUGUUCAAAGUGAGGCUGCUAAAGUGGGCAACAAGAUAAACAGUGCACCCCUUUGGCCCGGGGGGAAAGACGAGGCUGCUGCAGAGGGGAAUUCUUGUUGCUAGUGCCAUACACAAACUACAGCAUAUGAGAAUCAAUGCUCUUGGACACUAUGCAUUUCCUUUUGUUUUGUUCAGAGAUGGUAAUUGAUCCUUGUGAGAACAGCUAUGCAAUAGUUAUGCAGUAGCCUGUUCCAACAGUGCAGAGAAUGUGACCUGCUGAAAAGCACCCUUUGAAUUAGUGUGGGUACUAGUCUAUGUAACAUUCCACUCCUUGUUAUAUUCCAAAGAGUGUUUGGCAAGAAGUGGAAUGUAAUAGCUGAACAGAGACAGCAACCAUGCCUUCUUUGAAUGGCCUGGGUAUCGGACAUGUGACAAAAAUCAACAGUUGAUUUACCCAUGUGGGGAUCCAGGAUAGGUGAAUGUUUGCUUGAUGCUUUGAACUUGUAAGGUGAAUUUAGGGUGUCAUUUUAUCUGUACCAUUUGUGAAGAACUGAUUGUUUUGGUUACUAUCGGUGGUCAAAAAGUAUUAUUUCUAAUGUUAAACACUUUUUGAUUAACGUUUGUUGUUUAAUGAUGACAAUAAAUUAUAUAUUUGUGUCUUAAUUUGUUUUCCAGAUUGUUUUUAUGCAUAAUGCACUGUUGUUCCAUAAUGAAUGCACUGUUGUUCCAUAAUGAAUGCACUGUUGUUCCAUAAUGAAUGCACUGUUGUUCCAUAAUGAAUGCACUGUUGUUCCAUAAUGAAUGCACUGUUGUUCCAUAGUGAAUGCACUGUUGUUCCAUAAUGAAUGCACUGUUGUUCCAUAAUGAAUGCACUGUUGUUCCAUAAUGAAUGCACUGUUGUUCCAUAAUGAAUGCACUGUUGUUGUAUAUGAACAAUUUGAUCAACUGAACACUUAAAAUAAUAUGAUGAGUAAUGUGUAAUGUCCACAAAUAGAGUGGUGCACAGGUACAACUGUGGCAGGUCACUCUGGUACCGUCGGUGCAACCGUAGAAAUAUAAUCGUUCUAGUCCUGCGGGUGCAACACCCAAAAUCUGAAGCAGAUGCUGUGUUGUUAUGGCUGCCCUCUAGUGGUCAUUAAUAUUAGAUAUAGAAAAGCAAAAUAACCAACAUGAAAGGAUGAAAUUAUGAUAAUGAUUGUUGCUAUGCUCUACGAAAAUCAUAAUUUAUUACAUAGGGGCCUAAAAGUUUAACAUUUGAAAGACAAAUCAGUGCAAACUUCCAUGUCUUAUAAAAUACCAAAUUCAUUUUAUACAAUUCAGACUGGUCGAAGUUGUGUGUAUUAGGCUACAGUAAAAACCUACAGGGCAGGUGAUACAUUUUUAACAUACUUUGGGCAUUGCCAUCAGUAAUGAUGGACAUUUUGGGGUGCAUUCGAAGGUCAAUGAAAUCUUAAGUUUCGAUUGGAG